AUGUGCCUUGACGAUACCAGAAGUAGUUCUUCGAGCAAGUCAUCAGGCUUUGUCACACAGCAGGUAUCUCGUCAGGUUUACUCGACACAGGCGACACGGGUAGCGACACCGUCAUUCUUCACCAGUGGACGUUCGACACCACUGAACUUCUCUCCUCGACCUUCCACUUCUUCGCUGUCGCCGUUGGUCAACAGUCUCUUGGCAGACUUGCGGCCCCCUACCCCUGGCGCCCGUAUUUCGACACCGAAACCCACUGCUGCAGAGGAUCCACCCACCUACGACUUGACCAUCUCCCCAGGUGACAAGGAGGACAUUGACCCCGAAUCAAUGGAUGGACGUUCGACACCACUGAACUUCUCUCCUCGACCUUCCACUUCUUCGCUGUCGCCGUUGGUCAACAGUCUCUUGGCAGACUUGCGGCCCCCUACCCCUGGCGCCCGUAUUUCGACACCGAAACCCACUGCUGCAGAGGAUCCACCCACCUACGACUUGACCAUCUCCCCAGGUGACAAGGAGGACAUUGACCCCGAAUCAAUGGAGUGA